AUGGCGCCGCAGUCCCGCUUGCUGCCGCCGGCGUUGCAGAUGCUUCGCCGCUGCCGGUGCCGCGCCUCGCGCUCCCACUUCUCUACCGCGCCCACUCUCGUCUCGCCGCCAUCCAAGGCCGUGGUCUACGACGAUCACGGCCUGCCGGAGCAGGUGCUGAGGACGGUGGACGUGCCACCGGUGGAGGUCGGCGACCGCGACGUCUGCGUCAGGAUGCUGGCUGCCCCCAUCAACCCCUCGGACAUAAACCGCAUCGAGGGCGUCUACCCCGUCAGGCCCCCACUCCCCGCCGCCGUCGGAGGCUACGAGGGCGUCGGCCAGGUCCACGCCGUCGGCCCCGCCGUCACCGCCCCGCUCUCGCCCGGCGACUGGGUCAUACCAUCCCCUCCAUCGUUUGGGACCUGGCAGACGUACAUUGUCAAGCAUGAGAGCGUCUGGCACAAGGUCCGCAGCGAUGUACCCAUGGAGUACGCUGCCACCAUCACCGUCAACCCCUCGACCGCGCUCAGGAUGCUCCAAGACUUUGUAAAACUCAAUCCUGGUGAUGCUAUUGUUCAGAAUGGCGCUACCAGCAUUGUUGGCCAGUGUGUUAUUCAGCUCGCCAAAGUACAUGGAAUCCACACCAUCAACAUUAUAAGGGACAGGCCUGGGUCAGAGGAAGCAAAAAGCAAACUCAAACAACUUGGUGCAGAUGAGGUGUUCACAGAAUCUCAGCUAGACAUGAAGAAUGUCAAGAGCUUGCUGGGUGCUUUGCCGGAGCCUGCAUUAGGAUUUAACUGUGUUGGAGGAAAUGCUGCUUCUCUAAUACUCAAGCUUUUGAAGAUGGAGUCGAUUUCUUUUGGUGAGUUCAGCUUGGCUCUGGAGAAAGCCCUGGGUAAACAUGGAAGCCAGCCAAAGCAAGUUAUCAGGUUCUGA